GUUCUUUCACUAAACAUCAUUUAGACGCAGACUAGCACUAUUCAGAACUUAUACUUCAACAACACUAAACAUCUUAUUCAACCAAUCUUAACCCCUUUCUAAAAAUUGGGAGAAAUGCUUCACACUUAAUUGUAGACAUGAUGCUGUACAGCUUAAAUGGCAUUUAAGAUAUUCAAGAUAAGAAAAUUCGAGAUAUCCACAAAAAUGCAUUGGUUGUCAUGUCAACAGUGACAACUAAAAACAUUCUGUGACUUAAACUGAUGUAUACAAGAGAAAAACGCAAUGUCAGCGGAAGAUAGAUUCUCUAUGUCAGCAGAAAAGUACCUUGCAAAACACAAUAUACUUAUAUACUUUGAGGAUAGUAUUGCCCAGCUGUUAGAACACAGAGAAGAAAAUCCAAAAUUGAACUCCAUUAAAUUCCUCAGUGAAUACUUUAAUGCCUUACGAGAUGGAAACCACACAAUGUUUAGAGAAUACUCAUUUGUACAUGUGACAUCACACAACAGAGCAUCAUUUGUACGUUUAUUCUGGAAAUGUUACAGACAGAUUGGUAAAAAGGGAGAUUUACUUAGUGUUAAUGAAUACCAUUCACUGCUUACUCUGUUAUGCCCUGACUUUCCAUUUGAAAUUGUACAGAAGACAGCGAGGAUAAUUCUUCUUGAUGAUGCUAUGGACUGUCUCAUUAGUUUCUCUGAUUUUAUUUAUGCAUUUCAAAUCCAGUUUUACUAUGAAGAGUUUAUAGAGAAAGUGCAUGACCAAUACCAGUCCCUAAUUCAAACUCAGAGAAGCCCAAGAGACCCUGUUGUAGUCCCAUCAGGCACAGACGACACCAGUAUUCAUCAGAAUAGCCACCAUCCAGCAGAUGGAGUUGAUGCUAUGCAAUACUUCAGAGCUGUGUUCCCAUUAUGUGAUAGGUCAAAUUAUAGUACACCACCAGCAAACAGUUUAAAGGAAAUUUUAUUUAAUGUACCCAGAGUGUCAUUUUAUGGUUUUUUGAUGGCCAUGGCAAAGAGUGAGUCAAUCAAUGAUCAUAUAGGUCGACUUCCACCUAAAUCUGAACUGUUAGAAGGAGCUGAUUCAGAAUUGACAUCGGAAGCUGAUUCUAGUCCUACUAUUCGUCUAAAAGCUCGUUUAGGACAAACACCUUCAUCUAGUCCGGAAACGGCUCCAGUUUCUCAAAACCAUGCCCAGAAUGUAUAUUCAACCAAGUCAUCGCAUACAGUCACAUCUCGUCCACCUUCGGCAGCUCGAGCAAAGACUUUGGCGGGUAAAGGAAAUCGGGCCCCAGUUGUGAAAAAGAAGGAGAGUUCUGAUGAAAGCAGUGAUAGUGAUACAGAUAGCAGUGAUGAUACGAUUUGAGAAUAUUUUGACAUCAUAUCAAUCAGUCUGUGCACGCUGAUUAUUCUGCAUUUAUUUUUCACCCCACACGAAUUUACGAUACGGUUUCCAAUGUUUGGUUUUCUAUCGAUCCGUUGUUCCUUAAUAUUUUAUAAUAUUUGAGAUUUAACUCUUCAAAGGAUUAAAUUAACAGCAUUAGGUCCCAUCAGUUCAAUCAUGAGUAUGCAAAGACGUCAUUUGGCCAAAUACAAUCUUUUCAGAGGUUCUAUAGAAUGAGAAAUUUUUUCUUACUCCUCAAAUGUUUAUUAAGUUUUUUCUCUUAAUUUAUUAUGUUAUGUAGAAUACAUGUAAGUAAAGAAUGCUGAUACUGAUGUUGUCACCAUAAAAAUAAAUAUACAUGUAUAUUUA